AUGCUCCUCUUCCUCGGCCUCUUCGUCUCCUUCUCUGCGACUUUCUCCAUGGAGAUGAACCAGACCUCCAGGCUGCUGGCGGAGAGCGGGGAGCAGUGUUCGGCCUGCGACUUCCGGGAGCACAGCAAGCAGAUGAGGCUCCACAGCAUCAAGUCCCAGAUCCUGAGCAUCCUGCGGCUCGAGCAGGCUCCCAACAUCAGCCGGGACAUGAUCCGCCAGCUGCUGCCCAAAGCGCCUCCUCUGACGCAGCUGCUGGACCAGUACGACCCGCGGGUGGAGGACGAGGACCACGCCACGACGGAGACCAUCAUCACCAUGGCCACGAAGCCCAAUCCGGUAGCCCAGGACGACUUGUCCUCCUGCUGUCUCUUCAGCCUCAGCCCAAAGAUCCAACCCAAGAACAUCCUGCGUGCUCAGCUGUGGGUCCACCUGCGGCCUGCCGACAUGGUCACCACCGUCUUCCUGCAGAUCUCGCGCCUUAAACCGGGGAGGGAAGGGAACAACACGCGGGUGAGAGUCCGUUCUCUGAAGAUCGACACGGACGCCGGCGAGGGCUCCUGGCAGAGCAUUGACAUCAAGUCCCUGCUGCAGGCGUGGCUGCGACAACCAGAGACCAACUACGGCAUCGAGAUCAACGCCUACGACUCCAAUGGAGAAGAUCUGGCGGUCACCUCAGUGGAGCCUGGGGAGGAGGGACUGCAACCGUUCAUCGAGGUGAAGAUCCUCGACAGCCCAAAGAGAUCGCGCCGAGACUCGGGCCUAAACUGCGACGAGGAGUCUGCAGAAACUCGCUGCUGUCGCUACCCGCUCACUGUGGACUUUGAGGAGUUCGGCUGGGACUGGAUCAUCGCACCCAAACGCUACCGGGCCAACUACUGCUCCGGAGAGUGUGAAUUCAUGCACCUGCAGCAGUACCCGCAUGCUCACCUGGUGAACAAGGCCAACCCCCGGGGCACGGCGGGACCCUGCUGCACGCCCACCAAAAUGUCCCCCAUCAACAUGCUCUACUUCAACCGCAAGGAGCAGAUCAUCUACGGGAAGAUCCCGUCCAUGGUGGUGGACCACUGCGGCUGUUCCUGA